AUGGCACAGACGAUCAUCGCCCAAUGCGCGGCGGUCGACAAACAAGGCCUUGGAACUAUUAGCCACGAGCUCUUGGCCAAGGCCCUGCACGCCGCUCUACCAGAUGCCUGGCAUGAUGAUGAGAUCGAGUCUCUGUUGCAUCCCUGGGGAGAGGUGGUGGAAUACAAGGACUUUGUUUCAUGGCUCUUUCGCGAUCGUUCUCCGGUCCGAGCCUUGCGCAAGCGCAGCUCUUUCAAGGUUGCCAUUUUCUCGUGUGCGCCCUAUGACCGCGAUUGGUUUGACCGAACUAACGAGGAGCUUGGGUGCAACUUCGAGUUCGAGUAUCAUUCAGAGCAGCUCAACAUUGAUACCGUCACCCGAGCCAAGGGUUGCUCCGCAGUUUGCACCUUCGUGAACGACUUUGCAGGCGAAGACGUCGUCAAAGCCCUGGCGGAGGAAGGCGUGAAGCUUAUCGCCCUUCGUUGCGCGGGCUUUGACCGCGUAGACCUCCGGGCGGCCAAGGACGCUGGUCUGACAGUUUCUCGUGUACCCGCCUACAGCCCGUAUGCGGUUGGGGAGCAUGCAGUGGCAUUGAUGCUGUCACUGAAUCGCCGCAUUCCCAAUGCUUACCGCAACAGUCGCCUCGGCAACUUCAAGCUGGAUGGCCAGCUGGGCUGUGACAUGUACAAGAAGCGGGUCGGCAUCAUCGGCACAGGGCUGAUCGGAACUAUUGCUGCGACUGUACUGAAGAAGGGCUUUGAGUGCGACGUGGUCGCCUAUGACGUCUUCCCGAACCCCAAGAUCAGCGAUCCCGCGCCUGAUGGGCUGGGCAUCCCCUACCUCGACUUGGACACAGUGCUGGCCACGAGCGACUUCAUCUCGCUUCACGCACCCCUGCUGCCGACCACAAAGCACAUGAUCAACGCGGAGAAGCUGAAGAUCAUGAAAAAGGGCAUUCAGAUUGUCAAUACCUCGCGUGGUGGACUCAUUGACACCACGGCGCUCAUCCAGGGCUUGAAGGAUGGCACCAUUGCUGGUGCUGCGAUGGAUGUCGUCGAGGGUGAAGCCCCCUACUUCUUCAGGGACUUCUCGACGAGCUGCGUAACGGACGACAACAUUGCAACGCUGGUUCGCAUGCCCAAUGUGAUCUUGACCCCGCAUCUGGCGUUCUUUACGCAAGAGGCCCUGAAGACAAUCUCGGACACUACCCUGAAGAGCAUGCAAGGUAUUCGCGAGGGCACAGGUCCCCCCAAGCAGAACGGAGUGUUGGACACGGUCUGUCUUCCUCCUGAGGCACCCAAGGAAGACAAAGGCGGCUACGCAGCCAGCCGCAACAAAGAGCGAAGCCAGCGAAUGGCAUUCAUGAAGGAGCUGCCAGCACCUGGUCCAGAGCUCAAGGAGAAGGUGCUACCAGCCUUGGAAAAUGCGCACUCGCGUCCGUUCCGCGUGGCCUUCUACUCGGCAAUGCCGCAUGACAAAGAGGUGUUCGAGAACAUGAAUGAGGAGUUCGACGCUAACAUCACCUUCCAAUUCUACAAGGCAGCGCUCUGUUCGGACAGCGUCGUGCUAGCGCAGGGAGCAGAUGCAGUCUGCGUCUUCGUUCACGACGAUUGCUCGGCUGAGAUCCUUGCCACUCUGAAGGACUUCGGGGUGAAGAUGGUCGCCCUACGCUGCGGCGGCUUCAACAACGUCGAUGUGGAGAAGGCUGAGGAGCUUGGUCUCGUCAUCACCAGGGUGCCCGCCUAUUCAGCUUUUGGGUCCGGCGAGCAUGCGGUGGCCUUGGCCACGUCCGUCAACCGGAGUAUCCCCCAGGCCGCAGAGGGCACGCGCCGCGCAAACUUUACGCUGAAUGGCCUUCAGGGUUUCGACAUGGUGGGGAAGAAGGUUGGAAUCAUAGGCACUGGCCGCACCGGCUGCGUGGUGGCGCGGAUCUUCAAGAACGGAUAUCGCUGCGAGGUCAUGGCGCAUGAUAUUGAAGAGAAGGGGCUCGUCCGAGAUCCGCCGCCUGCCGGAUUGGGCAUUCCCUAUGUGUCCUUAGAUGAGCUUUUCCGCACCAGCGACAUCAUCUGCCUCCAUGUUCCGCUUUUGCAAGAAACAGUCAAGCUAAUCAACGCCGAAUCCAUUGCCAAGAUGAAGCCAGGCGUGAUCCUCGUGAACGUUUCCCGUGGUGGCCUAGUUGACACACGAGCACUCAUCGACGGACUUCGGAAAGGUAUUAUUGGCGGAGCAGGCCUCGAUGUUGUGGCAGAGGAGUGGCGCUGUGCCACACCAUCUCUUGGGGCACAAUUUAGAUAA